AUUAAUAAUGGCUCGUACUAAACAAACCGCUCGUAAAUCAACCGGUGGUAAGGCACCACGUAAACAGCUAGCCACGAAGGCCGCCCGUAAGAGCGCACCGGCAACCGGAGGAGUGAAGAAGCCUCAUCGUUACAGACCCGGUACUGUGGCACUUCGUGAGAUCCGUCGCUACCAGAAGAGCACGGAACUUCUCAUUCGCAAGCUACCCUUCCAACGUCUAGUACGUGAGAUAGCUCAAGAUUUCAAGACCGAUCUGCGUUUCCAGAGCUCUGCGGUGAUGGCUCUGCAGGAGGCUAGCGAGGCGUAUCUCGUAGGUCUCUUCGAAGACACGAACCUUUGCGCUAUUCACGCUAAACGCGUCACUAUUAUGCCUAAGGACAUCCAGCUAGCAAGAAGGAUUCGCGGCGAACGUGCCUAAACGUAGAAGUGUCAAUGGUGUUGUUUUUUUUUUAUA